AGUUGUCACGGACUGUUCUCAGAAAUAUUGUAGCUGUCUGAGUGUGCUGGUGCUCAGUGUUGGUGUAGUUGUGUAAGAGUGACUGAGCUCCAGUGUUGCUGUAGUUUAGCUCAGUGCUGCUUCUCCCGGCCUGAAUGCUGUAUUCACAUCCAUCUCUCUGAGCUUCACCUUUCACCAUCAACCCCACACACACAGUCAUACAGGACACGGACUCCGGCGCACGGCCACACAAAACAUGAUUAAACUAUUUUCUUUAAAACAGCAGAAAAAAGAUGAAGAGUCUGCUGGAGGAAACAGAACCGGAGCCGGGGGUAAAAAAGCAAGCGCGGCCCAGCUGCGGAUACAGAAAGACAUCAAUGAGCUGAACCUUCCAAAGACGUGUGAGAUUGUGUUUCCUGAUCAAGAUGAUCUACUGAAUUUUAAACUCAUCAUUUCUCCAGACGAGGGCUUCUAUAAAGGAGGGAAGUUUGUGUUCAGCUUUAAGGUAGGACAGGGCUACCCUCAUGACCCUCCUAAAGUGAAGUGUGAAACGAUGGUGUAUCACCCCAACAUUGACCUGGAGGGCAACGUCUGUCUAAAUAUUUUGAGAGAAGACUGGAAGCCUGUGUUGACAAUUAACUCCAUCAUAUACGGACUACAGUAUCUAUUCUUAGAGCCAAAUCCUGAAGACCCGCUGAACAAAGAGGCUGCGGAGGUGCUGCAGACGAACCGGCGACUUUUUGAGCAGAACGUCCAGCGGUCACUUCGCGGUGGAUACGUAGGGGCCACCUACUUUGAGCGGUGUCUGAAAUAGUGCCCCGCCACUGCCAGCGCUUCAUACCAAGACACAUUUAUCGUUUACACACGCUGAGACACUGACUGACACCGACGGAGAGAGGAAGAGGGGUGGGGUGGGAGGGGAUAUUUUGGAGGUGGGUGGGGUUUUAAAGACGGGUGAGGCUUGAACAGUCAGUUAAAAAAAAAAAAAAGUUGCUCGGAGAAGGCCGAGGCGAUAACAGUAAUGAGUAAUGCCACUCUGCUGGUGCCCACUGUUUUUAUUUUGGGAUUUAUUUUUGGUUGGUUCUUUUUUUUUGUUUGUUUAAUUUUGGCUGAGAUUCAUAUGGCAUCCGUUUGAUGGAAAAAAUAAAACACAGACGCUCCAGUAAGAAAGAAGGGGGGGAUUAUCCUUUUCUUCCCUGACACACUCUGUAGACGUUUCUUUAUGAAGGUGGGCCAAGCUCAGCAGAACGUUGAAGCCAUUUGAGCUCUGUGGAGGUAGAAUGGUGUGCAUAUUUGACUACACACACACACACACACACACACACUUAUAUAUUGAUAGGAGACCUGUACAGCUGAACCCUGACACACACACACGUACACUCAUACACUGACUUCACGCACAUGUCCAGGACGGACUGACGGACAGACUUAUGGACUGACUUACAGAAAUACACAAAGGACAGGAUCAGUAUGCAGGUUUGGCUCUAGAGGAUUGGGAGAUUAUUGUUUGUCAAGGUUUUCUCCAUGUGUAAUAGUCGGAGGGGGGGGGGUGGGGGGAGCAGAGAGUUGGAUUUUUGUGAAGAUGGGCUGGGUUUGGGUUAGGCGGGGUGGCAGAAAAUGUUACAAUUCUAUUGUGUAUAUUGAAAUCCCAGCUGUUCACAAUGACUGCAAUAUGAAUUAAGUUGAAUAAAAUAUGGACUUGAA